CAUAGGAGCACGUUGCUGAUGCUUCUGAGCUAACAAACCGCUUACCUGGUACCAAGAUGGUUAUAGGUGCUGCGCAGAGCAAGUGGGGCUGAUACCAUGGAAGUCAGAGAGAUACUGCACAGAAAGACAUCAGUCAUGGCGGGUGAUGCCAUCAUGGUCAUGAGGGGCUUGACCAAGCUCAGUAAAGCGAUCCUGGAAACCCAAGCAGGACAGCUUCGGCAGGUUCUCCUCGGAGGAGAUGCAGUCACCAUUGCAAAGACUCUCCAGGCCGCUGCUGAGGAACAGUUCAGUUCUGCCUUGGGGAAGGUGCAGGAACUAGGCAGACAGCAGGAGAACUUUAAUGACUUUGGUAAGGAUUUUGGGAAAGACUAUGACUUCUCAGCGCGAGAGCCAUCAGAUGCUCCAAUGGACUUCUCCACUGCCCCUGGCAAGCCUCAGGAACACAGCGCUGAAGGCCCUGCUUACUCCUACACAACAAAUGGACCCUUUAGAAAUGUUGAUGAAACUGGAGGUUCUGGCAUGAGUCAGAAGCCUUUCCCUCCCAAAACGGAUGCAAGGUUGUUUGGAGGCAUUAGGGACUCUGGAAAUCCUUUUGCUACUGCCUUUGGACAGAACAGAGGUUUUCACCAAGACCAUUCCUCUGUUGGUGGAUUAACAGCUGAAGAUAUUGAUAAAGCCAGACAGGCCAAAACAGGUUCAGGGCAGAAACCCUACAAACAGAUGCUCAGUGAGCGGGCCCGGGAGAGGAAGGUUCCAGUCACCAGGAUCGGCCGACUCGCCAACUUUGGAGGACUAGCUGUUGGUCUUGGCAUUGGGGCACUGGCAGAAGUGGCAAAGAAGAGCCUUAGACCUGAGGAACGUGGUGGGAAGAAAGCGGUGAUGGAUUCUAGCCCGUUCCUGUCAGAGGCCAAUGCAGAAAGGAUCGUGAGGACCUUGUGCAAGGUCCGGGGAGCGGCGCUGAAGCUGGGACAGAUGCUGAGCAUUCAAGAUGAUGCCUUCAUCAACCCCCAUCUCCAGAGGAUUUUUGAGCGUGUACGUCAGAGUGCUGACUUCAUGCCAAUAAAGCAAAUGAUGAAAACUCUGAACAAUGACCUCGGCCCCCAGUGGAGGGAUAAACUGGAGUCCUUUGAGGAACGCCCCUUUGCUGCUGCUUCAAUUGGCCAGGUUCAUCUGGCACGCUUGAAAAGCGGGAAAGAAGUCGCCAUGAAAAUCCAGUACCCCGGAGUUGCCCAGAGCAUCAACAGUGAUGUCAACAACCUGAUGGCUGUCCUGAGCAUGAGCAAUAUUCUCCCUGAAGGUUUGUUCCCAGAGCACUUGAUUGAAGUCGUGAGCAGAGAGCUGGCCCUGGAGUGUGACUACCUGAGAGAAGCUGCCUGUGCAAGGAAAUUCCAGGAGCUGCUGAAAGACCACCCCUUCUUCUAUGUCCCAAGAGUAAUAGAUGAGCUGUGCAGCAAGCAUGUGCUGACCACAGAGCUGGUGUCUGGCUUUCCCUUGGAUCAAGCUGAAGGGCUGAGCCAGGAGAUUCGAAACGAGAUCUGCCACAACAUCCUGGUGCUGUGUCUGCGGGAGCUGUUUGAGUUCCGGUACAUGCAGACUGACCCCAACUGGUCAAACUUCUUCUAUGACCCACAGCUGCACAAGGUGGCCCUGCUGGACUUCGGAGCAACGCGAGGCUUUGAUGAGAAGUUCACAGAUGUCUACAUAGAGGUAAUCAAAGCAGCUGCUGACAUGGACAGAGAGAGAGUACUGAAGAAGUCCAUUGAAAUGAAAUUCCUCACUGGCUAUGAAAUCAAGGAAAUGGAAGAUGCCCACUUAAAUGCUGUCCUCAUCCUGGGAGAGGCUUUUGCAUCUGAGGAGCCUUUUGAUUUUGGCAACCAAAGCACCACUGAAAAGAUCCAUGGUUUAAUCCCAAUCAUGCUGAAGCAUCGGCUCAUCCCCCCGCCAGAAGAGACCUACUCUCUUCAUCGGAAGAUGGGUGGCUCUUUCCUGAUCUGCACCAAACUGAAGGCCAAAAUUCCCUGCAAAAACAUGUUCCAAGAGGCAUACAGCAAAUACUGGAGCAGUAGGGGCAAGAAGCCAGAGGAGUAGUAAGAACGAACUUGUCUUGUUCUGAGGGCCCUUGCAGAGUGCAUUCUAAGCCUCCCCUGUAUUGCUCCCCAGCUCUCCAUCCUCUUGAGAUGCAGCAGCCCUGUGCCCUGGAAGCCAAGUGUGCAUUCCACGAGGACAAAGCUGCUCUUUCCUGCUGUGUCUGUCCUACCUCGACUGCCAGCACAGCCCGCAGCUUGCAGGAAACUCUGCGUGCUUCUGUGCAGCUUCAAGGCACCAGCUGAUUACCUUGAAUGCAUUUGUAACAUUGUGAUGGUGGCUGCAUAUUUGAGAGGGUUUUAUAACAAGUAGGGGAAGGAGGAUGAGAGCAGAAUUUAAUAUUGAAACCUAUCUGUAAUUGUCCACAGAUUGUUUUUAAAAAACUUUCCCUCUUUCAAACUGAGGUGGAAUUCAAGUAGUUUUAAUACUGUGAAUUUAUAGAUUGAAAUACCAAGGUGUUCCCUUACCACAGACACAUCCAGCACCUCCCCCACGUUUUUGUAAGUCGAGUGGUGGCAGUCUGAGAACCCUCCUGGAUUCUGCUGACAUUGAGUUAAUACAAGGGGCGUGUGUGAAGUAGAAGUUUUAUGCUUUCUGCCUCUUUUUGGCUUGCAAAACAUAGGAAAUACUUUAAGUCUGAGAACUGAGUUGCCAGUCUUUUAAACACACACACAUACACACUCUCACACCCCAUCUCAGUUCUGGGAGUCAAACAUGUAAUCAGCAGAGCACAAAUAGUGGGAUUCUGCACUGUCUGGUAGGUAUCAGCUUUCCUGAGGACGAGUUAGAUAAGCUGCAACUCUGACACCGACUGCUUGCUGCUCUCCUGACCAAGACCCUCCUCUGUGUGUUUCCCUGUAAGGCAGAACGUGCAGCAAGGUGGGCAAAUGUCCUGCCUCUGGUGAGCAGCUCCAGCUCCAGCUGAAAUGUCACACAGUUCAAACCAGACGCACAGUUUUCAAGCUAGGAAAUUGACUUUUGUAGGUUUUUGUACAAAGCCUGUAUGACUUCCUGAUGUCAAUAAACAAGUGCUUGUGCGAUGGG